AAAGAGUGGUGAUUUCAGUAGUGGGGAUGCCUGGAGUGGGCAAGACCACCCUUGCUAGCAAGGUCUAUGGAAAGCAAAUCGUGUCCGGACACUUUGAUUGUUGCGCUUGGGUCCCUGUCUCUAGAUCAUACAAGUCGGAGGAGAUACUCAGAACAAUGCUGAAACAGUUUUACCAAUCUGGAUUAAGGGAGUUUACUACACCUCCAGAAAUUGAUGCAAUGGGCCAGAAUUCACUCGUUCACAAGCUGAAGGAAUUUCUAACCCAGAACAGGUAUCUAAUUGUCUUUGAUGAUGUAUGGACAACAAGCUUUUGGGAAUUCAUCAAACAUGCUUUGACCAGAGAUGGGAAAGACAGCAGGGUAAUCAUCACCACCCGCAGUGAACAGGUUGCAGUUUUCUGUAAAGAAUCGCCAUGGGAUCAUAUCCACUGGCUUCAGCCCCUGCCCGAAGAGAAGGCUUGGGACCUUUUCUGCAUGAAGGCCUUCCAAAGGGACUUCGAAGGCCAUUGUCCCCCCGAAUUGAAGGACGUAUCUCUUCGAAUCGUUCAAAAAUGUGAAGGAUUGCCACUUGCUAUUGUGGCAAUAAGUGGUAUUCUGUCCAUGAAAAACAAGGUUGCAUCAGAAUGGAAGAGGUUCUACGAUAGCCUAGGCUCUGAGUUACAAAUGAGACCUGGCCUUACAAGCAUCUCAAAAAUUGUGUUGCUUAGUUACUAUGAUUUGCCCUACUACAUCAAAUCCUGUUUCUUGUACUUUGGCAUAGUACCUGAGGAUUACUCUAUUAAUUGUGGACGAUUGAUUCGAUUGUGGAUAGCAGAGGGCUUCAUUGAAGAACAGAGAGGCAAAACAUUAGAAGAAGUUGCAGAAGAGUAUCUGACUGAGAUCAUCCAUAGAAGCUUGGUUCAAGUGUCAAGCAAGAAACCUGAUGGGAGAGUUAAAACCUGCAGGGUGCAUGAUGUGGUGCGAGAGAUCAUCUUGUCAAAGUCUAUGGAGUUGAACUUUUGUCAGGUUUUAGGAGCCGAGAAUUCGAGCUUCGAUGAUAUUACUCGAAGAUUGUCAAUACAUAUGGAUGGCAAUUUGGACAAUGUUCUUGAAAGGGCUAAGAAAUCAUGGAUUCGUUCAAUUUUUCUUUUUCGAGUGGCCAAGUUGCCAGAGAAACCCCUGAUGAGUACAUUGGCAAGAAAUUUCAUGCUUCUGAAAACGCUAGAUCUUGAAGAUGCUCCUUUGGUUCAAAUUCAUAAAGAAGUGGGCAAUCUAUUUCAUUUGAGGUACCUGAUUGUAAGGCGUACAAAGGUGAAGGUGAUUCCAAAGUCAAUUGGCAAGCUGCACAACUUGCAAACUCUGGAUUUGAAAUAUUGUCUUGUGCGUGAGUUACCUUCUCAAAUUAGCAGGCUACAUAAGUUGAGGCAUCUUUUGGCAUAUAACUAUGACUAUGGGAAUUUUAGUUUAGAUUCCAUAAAAGGGGUAAAGAUGCAAGGAGGGAUUGGUUGUUUAAAGGAGUUGCAGAAGCUAGGGCUUGUGGAGGCAAAUUAUGAUGCAAUCAACCUAUUUAAAGAGCUUAAGAAUUUGCAGAAGUUGAGGAAGUUGGGCAUCAGCAAUUUCAGAACAAAAAAUUGUAGGGAUCUUUUUAACAGCAUUCAGAAUAUGAAACACCUUAAAUUUUUGGCGAUAUGCUCUAUAAGUGAACAUGAGAUUCUGGAUUUGGAUUUGAUUUUUGUUCCACCUGAAUCUCUUGAGCGACUCAUCUUGUGUGGACGUUUGAAAAAGCUGCCAUCCUGGAUUGCUCAACUUCGAACUCUACAAGAUCUACACCUGCACUGGUCAAGUCUUGUUGAUGAUCCACUGCAUGGGCUUCAAGCUUUGCCUAACCUACUAAUGCUUAGUCUCAAUGAAGUGUGUUAUGGAGAACAACUGUCCUUUAAGGUUGGAUGGUUUCCAAAACUCAAGAGGCUAAAUCUUCGUUCUCAGAGUGGAUUGCGUUCAGUGAUAAUAGAGGAAGGGGCAUUGACUCUUCUUGAAGAGCUAAUAAUUGGGCCAUGUCAGCAGCUGCAAGAGGUUCCUUCAGGGAUCCGUCACCUUAGAAAACUCACAACUCUUUCCUUUUAUCUUAUGCCUACAAAGUUCCUAAAUAGAAUGCUACCAGACAAAGGCCAAGAUCAUUGGAUUGUGGAGCGUAUACCAACUGUUCAGUUUGGUUUUUGGCUUCAAGGAUUGAGAUACAAAGUUUGUGCUCCUGGGGAAUUCCAAAAUUAUGCAAGUGACCUGCAAUUUAAGGAUCAAUGAAGCUCAAAGUGGAUCUCUUAAUUGACAACCAUCUCUUCUUCUGUUUGUAGUUGAGGCCUGAAGGAAAAACUCUCAAAUCAUUCAUGCAAUGUUACAGAAUGGACUAACUAACUAGGUAGGAGAUUAUUCAUUUCAAAAGAGGUGUAUCUUUGUUGUGAAAAUGAUGUAGAGAGUGGAUUUGGAGAUUUGUUGAGAUAGUGAUGCCCACGGAUUACACUAUUAGAUGGUACCAUAGAGUACACUAUCUCUGCAAGCAAAGACAAAAGCUUCAUAUAACUAAUCCUCAAUGGCCAUUAAAUGGAGUUGCUAUCCCCUUUACAGGCAUGAAUGAACCAUCCUGCUUAUGCAAGCUGUACAUGAGGUAGAUGAAAUCCAAAAACCCCUCCCCUCCAUACACACACACACACACAAAAAGAGAUUAAUUGUCAGCACACUGCAAGCCCAUUGACAGAGGUUGAACCCCCAAAUGAUCAAAUGAACUAGUGGAAGAUGGUCAAACCACCUGCUUACAUGUGCUCCUACCUAAGGUGAGUGGAAUCAUGAGACUCCAAAUUGCUAGAGUUCCAUAUAUUACACACUAUGUUAUAUGUUCAUGUUCAUACAACCAAAACAUCAAGAUUGUUCCUGCACUGUUGAAUUGGCAGGAAACUCAAUGGUGGAAUGAAAUAUAGAGUUAGUCCCCAGAAUACAUGUACUUACAGUGCAUUUGACAGAAAAGUUUUCUUGCUGAUGGCAGUCAUUCUCUAGACCUUCAUAGGGGUUAAGGGUAUGCUUUUUGGGCAAAUGGGUUCAAAGGAAGAUACAUGUUCAAGGCCCAUCAAUCAUAAAUGUAUCUCUAGUUCAGAUACUAGCCAUCCUCAAAUUC